AUGGCCCAGCUCUUCCUUCUCGUGCUGCUCCUCCUCUCCGGCCCCGCUCGCUCUCGCGAUGCGGCGGCCUCUCUCCUCGCUCGAGGCAACGGCCACUACCAGCGGGGAGAGCUGGCGCGGGCUGUCGCCGCCUACGAGGCGUGCCUGCAGCUCGAGCCGGGCGGCCUGCCGUCCGCAGCGGCGGACGCGCACUUUGUGCCAUGCGUCAUCAACCUCGCCAGCGUUCUUGUCGACCUCGGAGGCCACGAGCAGCGGGCGGAGCAGCUCUACCGUGUCGCGCUGGCGGCGGAGCCGGAGCACGCGGACGCUGCCUACAACCUCGCUCUGCUGCUGCACGACCGGAAGACGGAGGAGGCGGUGGAGGAGGCGGCUACGAUGUACCGCGUGGCGGCAGAGGCGGAGCCCGAGCGGUGGGACGCGUGGGCCAACCUCGCCGCGGCGCUCAAGGAGCUGCGGCGGGAGCCGCUCGGCGCGCUGCACGCGUACGAGCGGGCGAUCCUGGUGCUCGAGUCGGCGGAGCAGGCCGGCGGCGGCGAGGGCGGCGGCGAGGGCUCGUACCUCUCCAAGCUGUACUACGGGUACGGGACGCUGCUCGCCGACCUCUCGCCCGAGGCGUGCGGCGCUCUCGCGGCGCAGCCGCAGAACUUGCUCCUCGGCACGGCGGAGGGAGGGAUGCCGCCGGCGCAGCUCUGCGCGGCGGCGGCGCAGAACGCGAUGCGCACCGCGGCCGCGCAGCAGCCCGGAUCGCCUACACCGAUAGGCAAGCUCACCGAGCUCGAGUACACCGUGCCGGCGAUGGCUGGCGCUGCGGUCGACGCCCUCGCGCGCGGCGGAGCAGGCUUCGACCUCAUCGUCGCGGCUGACGUGCUGGUCUACUUUGGAGAGCUGGGCGCACCGCUCGUGUUCUCGUGCGAGCGCGCCACCGCCGACGAGGCGGCGGCGGGCUGGAGGCUGCUGCCGUCGGGCCGAUUCGCACACACAAAGGAGUAUGUGGUGCGCGAGGCGGCCGCGGCGGGCUACCGGCUCAUCGCCUACGAGGAGAUGACCCCGCGCGUCGAGAAGGGCGUGCCCGUGCGGGGCCACCUCUUCACGCUCGGGCUCGUUGUCUGGGAGGCGCCGGUGCAGGGCGGCGCUACAAAGGAAGAGCUGUGA